AUGGAUAUUCGUGUUCACGGCGAGUGUACGUCAGUUGAAAACAUAAUGCCAGAAGUACAUUCAGCUUUCGCCAGCUCCGGCAGGAAGGAAGGUUUAGAAGUAUGGCGGAUAGAAGACUUUGAACCCGUACCAGUUCCAUCUUCUCAUCAUGGAAAGUUCUUCACGGGGGAUUCCUACAUCGUACUUAAAACAACUGGAAAUGAAAACCACUUAUCCUGGGACAUCCACUUCUGGCUCGGCUCUAAGACCUCGGUGGACGAAGCCGGUUCCGCCGCCAUGCUCACAGUCAACCUGGAUGAUCAGCAGUUCCAAGGACGUGCUAUACAGCAUCGUGAAGUUCAGGGUUACGAGUCUAAGGAUUUCCUGAGCUACUUUGAACCAGCUAUCAGGUAUCUGGACGGUGGUCACGCUUCCGGUUUCAGUCACGUUACCACCAACGAGGGAUCAGAAAGAAGACUGUUCCAGAUCAAGGGGAAGAGGAAUGUCAGGGUUCGCCAGGUGGAUGCUUCUGCCGACUCCUUGAACAAAGGCGACUGUUUCAUCCUGGACAUCAACCAUGACAUUUAUGUUUACGUGGGAGAGAAGGCUAAGAGUGUGGAGCGUCUGAAGGCGAUCACAGUUGCAAACCAGAUCCGUGACCAGGAUCAUAAUGGACGAGCUAGCAUCGAAAUUAUUGAUGCUGACUCACACGAGAGCGAUUACCAGAAGUUCUUUGAAGCUCUUGGAUCUGGGGACAAGGACUCAGUGGCAGAUGCUGAUGAAGGUGGUGACGACGAGGAAUUCGAACGCGGUAUUACAUCCGAGGUUUCUCUGAGCGAGAUCUCCGACAGCUCCGGUUCUCUCAAGAUCACCAAGCUAUCUCCUCCAUUCACACAGGACUUGUUGAAUGAUAAGGAAUGCUACAUCUUGGACACUGGCAGUUACAGCGGUAUCUACGUUUGGGUCGGCAGAGAAUCCAAUGACAAGGAGAAGGCCGCAGCCAUGAAGAAAGCUGAACAGUACCUCAAGGCUCACCACUACCCGGAUUGGGUUCAUGUAACCAGAGUUCCUCAAGGUGUGGAAGUUACCGCCUUCAAGCAGCAUUUCCAGGACUGGUAUUAG